UAACAGCACGGUCAUCUCAUCCGGUACUCAACCCGAUACCACCCAGACCCCGGGAGGUCAUAGCUCAAAUGGCCCCUUCACUCAGUAUCCGAACUAUGUCGUUAACUCACCCUAUGAUCGUCAGCUUGAGGGUGGCGCGACCAAUGGGAGUUUCGAAUACCAGGAUUAUGGGGAUACAAUGUACGCUGAAACCCCUGGAGCCUGGUCGGGCCCAUACAGCGCUUGAUCCAUAGCAACAUCCUAAUUCUUGUUAUCUUCCUUUCCCUCCUCCGACUCAUCGUCGGAUCACUUCUUUUAUUCCUCAUUGUCAUCAUGCUCGCUAUUUCUAUGUCAUCGAUUCUCGAUCUCAGUUCCAUUGCUGGUGAUCGAUUAUACCCACCCCACUUUUUGUUUUUCCCCGCUCGGAUUUUCUCUCGCCAGUCAUUAUUGCGAUGCAGGACUUCAGCCUUUAAUGCCCUCAGUUCUGUUACGCUCGGUUUGAUGCUUUUUCCUUCGUGCUACGUCUUGUCUUUUUCGUUUUCUCUGUUGUAUUUGUUAAUCAGUUCUGCCAAUAUUUGGCUACCAUUUUUUUCGGCUCCGGUCUAUGAUAUAUCUAUUACCUUCAUCGCUUUUACUUGUCGUUGCUCGUCUGUCCUAUCGUUUUGUAAUUGCUUUGGAAACAAAUUAUUAUCAGAACAUACACCAUUGACUGGCGACUGCUUUUCUUCCAGCGCACCGCCCUUGAAUCCCGCAAGAGUCGGAAAUGGAUUCCUCUUCAUAAUUAUCGCACUAGCAGCUGAACUCAGCGCCGACGGGAGAGAAAUCGAGCAUACAGAAGCAAAUAAUACAUCCACAUGUAUCAUCUGAUCCAAUCAGUAAUCUGACAAGAAAGAGAGGUACGACGGCACCGCUCAAAGCUCCAUACGAGCA